AUGCUGCCAGGAAAGUCUUCCCUUACCAAGCUGCUCCUCCUGGCAGUCAGGCCCAGAAGAGGAAUGGCCAGUAGCCCACAGAGACAACCCAGAGGGCGGAAUAAUCCACUCCAUGUCCAAGAACCUUUCUUGCAGAUGGCCCACGCCCGAGAGCCCCUCCUGACCCACCAACCGCUGGCCCGGCGUGAGUUCCUCCUCCCCAGUGAGCCCGGGGAGUGGCCCGGCUUCACCCGGCAGGCCUACCACCGGCUGGCCCUGAAGCCGCCGCCUUGCACCGAAACGAAAUCCGAGGUGCGCCGCCGACUGAUCCGCCCUUGGAAGGACGCGGCGCCGCACACGUGGGGCUUUCACACGUGGCUCGAUGUGGGCCGUUUGCCAGCCACCUUUCCCACCAGGCCCGACAGGCCCUACGACAGCAACGUGUGGCGCUGGCUGACGGACUCCGGGGCCCACGGCCGCCCCCCAGCGGAGCCUCCCAUCCCUCCUCCCUCCUGGAUGGGUCCCAACAGCUUUCUGACCUUCAUCUGCUGUACUCCCAUCUUCGCGGACGACAACAGGAAGAACCAGGUGACCGUCAGGACGGUGCAGGAACUGAGGGAGCUGGAGAAACUCAAGCUGAGGAGUGAAGCAAGGGCACCUCCCCUCGACGCCAAGGGCAACAUCCUGCCCUCGAAGAAGUUCAAGAAGUACCGGCACAUCUCAGCUGGUGGAAGGUUUGAGCCUGGAGGCCUCCAGCUCAUGCCCAACCCACUUCCCAAUGCUUUCGCCAGGGGCUGGCCCUGCCCAAACCCUCUGCCUCAUUACCAGGAGAAGGCGCUAAAACUGGCCUUCCUGCCUAGUGCACCCCUGAGCCAGGACCUCCUAAGGAAUUACCAAACCCUGUUAGAGAACCGGGUUGCCUUGCCCCUCUAUCAACUCUCCAAGGCACAACCUGGUAAAACCUUAGUGCGGAAGACCAAGAGAAGACCUGGACAGAGCUAGAAAAGCCUCCAGCUGGGCAGGGACCACUGUGGGCUACAGCGUUCUCAACCAAUGCACCUUCAACAAGAAGCUUCUGCAGAACAGAACCUCUGCACCAUCCCUCCAGCUGCAGGCCACCUCUGUCCCCCAGGCUCCUAGAGACUCUACUUAAACUCUAAAUGAUUAUCUGUC